AUGGUCCAAAUCCUAACAAUUGUUUAUCCUGUUAUCCUGGGUUUUAUUAUAAUUAAUCCACAUAAUAAUGUAUUUGCGAUCCAACAUGUAAAACUUGCGAUGGUCCAAAUCCAAACAAUUGCUUAUCUUGCAGUCCUGGACUGUAUUAUAAUUAAGCCACAAAAUCAUGUAUUUGUGAUGCAACUUGUAAAACGUGUGAUGGUCCAGAUUCAAAUAACUGCUUAUCUUGCAAUCCUGGACUGUAUUAUAAUUAAGUCACAAAGUAAUGUAUUUGUGAUGCAAAUUGUAAAACGUGUGAUGGUCCAAACUCAAAUAACUGUUUAUCUUGCAAUCCUGGGCUGUAUUAUAAUUAAGCCACAAAGUCAUGUAUUUGUGAUUCAACUUGUAAAACUUGCGAUGGACCAAAUUCUAACAAUUGUUUAUCUUGCAGUCCUGGGCUGUAUUAUAAUUAAGCCAAGAAAUCAUGUAUCUGCGAUGUAACUUGUAAAACUUGUGAUGGUCCCAGUUAAACUAAUUGUUUAUCUUGUAACUCUUAAUUAUACUAUUAGUAAGCUGCAAAACAGUGUGUAAAAUCUUGUAAUCAAAAUGAAUUUCCAAAUUACUUAUUAUAGCUAUGCUAGUUAUGUGAUUAAAGUUGUGCAAGCUGUGAUGGAAAGGACUCAAAUAAUUGUUUAAGUUGUUACCCUAACAGCUUUCUGUACAAUAAAAAUUGUGUUAGCCUUUGUCCAAAUGGGUUUUAAAGCAAUUUUACUGCUCUCACAUACCUGCUAUAAUGAAACAAGAUAAAUAGAUGUUAAAAGUAAAGAAUGCCUUUGCAAAAACUAAAAUGAUACAAGGAAUAUAUUUUAUUAAUGCAGCUAUGAAAAUAUUGCUGUCAUUGAUGCAAAGUUAAGUGCUACAUCUCCAUAGCUCAGUAUUGAUUUCGGAUCUCCAUUGAUGAAUAUGAUAUCAAAUACACCUUAGUCUUUGUGUUCAUAGAUAUUUGAUUAAGUAACAUUAGGCCUUCUUGGGUUAGAUUCUUAAUGCGAAAUCAGAGGGAAUAAAAUUUUGGCUAAUUUAAGCGACUCAUCGACAAUCAUGGAAAAUAACUCAAUUAAUUUUUUGCCAAAUAAGCUGCAGUUUAUAGAUUAUAAGGACACGUUUAUUAACACAUUUUAUAGAAACAUUACUUUCUAAGAGUCCCCUGGAAUCCCUUAACUUUAAUUUAGCUAUAAUCACAUAGAAAAUAGCUGUAACUCUAUAAAUAUAACUCUUUACAACAUUUAAAACGAUGCCGGAAGAAAAUUUAUGAGUCUAAAUUGGACUUUAAAUCAAAUUUUAGGCUCGAUAAGCAACGAGUAGUAAGAAAGUAUAAAGGAGAUAUUAUUAAAAGCAAGCCAAAACAAAAACACAAGUUUAAUAAUAGAUCCUAAAUUCAUACCCCCAAAUAUUAAUAUAACAAUAUAAUUUAGUUAUUUACUUAAGGUUAACUAAUCUGGUUCUUAAGUGUUCACAAUUAUUUACCAAAUAUAAAAAUUUAUAAGAAUCAACUAUUAGCAAUCUUUGUACCCACCAAUUUAUAGAUUUAUGAGCUUGAGUUUCUGCUUUUAAUUUUACAUAGAGAAAUGCGAGUUAGGCCAAAUAACUUUUUUUAAUGAGCCUGUUGAUUUACAACUUGUUUCUAACCAGCUUUAAAAGUAAAGCUUAAUUAAAUACAACUAAUCAAGCUUUCAAUAUGAUAUUCUCCCUUACUCAUUAGCAUCUAACUAAACCUUUAAUAUGAGUCUGAUUUUGAAUUUGAGUUCAGAUAGUAAUAUUACUGCGAUCCAAAAUAUAUCAGUUAAUAUUUAAAUUACAGAUUUGUAUUUGCAAAUUAUUGGAGGCUCUAAUCUUGUUUUAGGCUAUUAAAAUAAAAUGGUCUUAAAUACAGAUUCAAGGGAUUAUGAGAUUCAAGUUCCAAAUUCUGCUUCAAAUAUCAACUUUAGUUGGAAGUGUAAUAGCCUAUCCUCUAAUGACCAUAUCUGCUAUGAUUACUAGAAUAAGUAGAUUUAAUUGCAACAAGGAUUCAGUAGUAUUACUUUUCCUGCUAAAACCUUUUAGCCAUACACUAUAAUUUAGUUUACAGUUGUUGGAUAAAAAGAUUCUAGGCUAUCAAAUUUCACCACUACCUGUAUAUUCACAGAAUUAGAUAUUCCUGCACUUAAUAUUUUAUUUACUGCAGCAAGCACUAACCGAAAAAUUAAUUUGAAUGAUGAUCUUAAUUUUUAAAUAAUUUAUGAUGAGAAUGCUUCAUCAGAUUACUUGUCUUAUGCAGGAGCUAUAUUAUAUGAUAAUAAUCCAGUCGCAGCAAUCAAAUUUGAUUAUUUCCGAGUUAGAUUCAGAAUUUGGAACUAUUUUUAAAAUAUAGAUCCCUCAAAACCAACACUUUAAAUAAGAUUUUCUGUCUACAAUCCAUUAUUUGUUAUGCCGAGCUUGUCUACAGUUAGCAUUUAAAUUAAUAUUCCCCCUCAGAAUUGCUUUUUAAAUAUAAAUCCCUUAUAAGGUAUGGCACUCGAAACUAUCUUUUAGAUAUAAUUAUUGAAUUGUACAGAUGAAGAUCUUCCUCUAACUUAUUAGUUCUUCUAUUACAAUAGUGCUGAUGAUGCCCUUCAAGAAUUAAUUUCUCCUUGGAAUAUAUUAAGAAGAUAAAUAUAAGAUUAGACUAUAAACAACUCAAUUUAAACAGUACUACCUAAUGGAAAUCUAGUUGUUAUGGUAUAGGUCAUGGAUUCUUACCUAGGAGUUUAUAAUACCUCUUCUAUAAUAUAGGUUCAAGCUUAGAAUAAAUCAGCCGAUGAAUAUUAUAAACUGGUAAAUCAACUCACUACAUAAGCUUUAUAGAGCUCAAAUAUAUAAAUCACUAACUAACUAGUGAUUUUAAGCAUUAUAGCAGAAGACAUUAGUAAAAACAAUUAACUUUCAUAGCAAAUGAAUGAUAUAGAAACUCUACUGAUUUAAAAUAUAUAGCAACUCUCUUUCUAAAUACCAAAAUUCUCCCUUUUGUCUACAUUUGCGAAUAAAGUAACUGCUUAGCUAUCAUAACUACUCUUUAGCUCAUCUUAAUAAAACAAUGUUACCACAUAGAAAAAUAAAAUAUUUGGUUAACUGUAAACAAUACUCCAAAAUACUAAUUCAAGCAUAAAAAGUAGUAAUCUUAGUCAUUUACAACAAAAUAAUGAUAUUUAAAUUUAAAAUAUGGUGGAUUCUUUUAAAAUUUUAAAUUCAAGCGUUAGUUUGUAAAAUAAUAACUCAUACGAAGAUUUCUAGUCAUACAAUAAAAUAUCGAGUUAGAUUGGAAAUCUACUGAAUAAUAUUAGCUUACCAAACUAAGGAUAAAUUAUUUUAAAUGGUGACUUGUCCACUCUUUUGGCAGAUAAAGUAACAUAGAAAAACCUAUUCAAAUACGUUCUAAGUAUAGAUGACGACAAUUCUGAAAAUUAAACUAGCAUUUUUAGUAUUUCAAGAAAUAAUUAUAAGUAAAACAUAUACGAAAAUACUUCAGAUUUUUAGGCGUACACAUAACAAUUCAAAAAUAUUAGUUAAAACUUUACUUACUCUAAGAAUGAAGUAAUAUUACCAUAGAUUUAUAAUUCUUCUUCUUAAGUAGCAUUAAAUCAGUCUACUAUCAUUUACUAGUUUAAUAAUACAAAUUCUAGUAGGUUAUAUAAUAUGACAUGCCUCUAAUAAAAUAAUCUUUCAUGGAGCAAAUAAAAUUGUAAUAUCGCUAAAAUUACUUAAAAUCGUUACGUGUGCUGCUGUGCAUCCUAAAAACCAACAACAAUCAUUGAAGAUAUUGAUGACAUGUUGUUAAAAAAUAAAAAUCUGCAGACAGCAUUUGGAGAAUAAGGGCUAUUAAAUAUAGCAAGCUUUGAGAACUUUUAUAUGUAUAUAGUAUUUUGGCUAUUGCUAGGUUUCACAUUGUUUCAAAUUUUUUUAUUUUUAAUUGGAAAAUUCUUAGAAAUAAAUAAAUAAUAAAUAGAAAUUUAUGGAUAGCAAAUUGAAACCCCUAAUUUUCCUUAAUAUGAUAUAAGAUAAUAUUUAAGAUUAAAAUCUUUGAUUUUUUUGUUAAAAUGA